AUGUCUAAUCUGCGAGAGUAUAAAACUUUUGCGCCUGGUGAACCACUUUCGCUCCCAGUUAAGGUGUACUUAGGCUCGAUAUUCCACAACCCAGCUAAAAUAAAAAAGCUUUUUCCAAUAGAGCGACGUGCAAUUGCAAACGGCGCGCGAAUAUCAACUGUCGAAGCCAGUACGUGA